AUUAUCAUGACAUCAUGUCUUGCCACCCAGAAAACUUUCAGUGGGAGCACUGGAGUUUUGAAAAUGUUGCUACCAUACUUGCUCGCCGGUUCCCCAAUAGCUUUAUUUGGGUUGUAAAGUGUUCUCGAAUGCACCUGCACAAAUUCAGUUGUUAUGACAACUUCGUGGCAAGCAACAUGUUUGGAGCACCAGAGCACAGCACUGACUUUGGAGCUUUCAAGCAUCUCUAUGCAUUGCUAGUUAAUGCAUUCAGACUCUCUCAGAAUAUUCUGCUGUCCCAGAAAAGUGUGCACGGUGUCAGCAAGGAUGCAAAAAUAGCUGCUGGUAAAUCACAGCCGCAGCCUGUUCCUACGACAAAUGGCUGCUCAUCCACAGAAAAAGAGAGAGAUUGUGAAUGCUCUAAUAAUUCUGCUAUGAACUUCAUUAUACCAUCUGCUGUAGGUGCAGUGUCAUUUACUUUGAUUGGCUUCAGUAAAGGUUGUGUGGUUUUGAACCAGCUGCUUUAUGAGCUGAAGGAGGCCAAAAAAGACAAGAAUACAGAUGCCUUCUUAAAAAACAUCAAAGCAAUUUACUGGUUGGAUGGUGGUCACUCGGGAGGAAGCAAUACUUGGGUUACUUACCCUGAAGUGCUGAAAGAACUUGCAGAAACAGGAAUUGAAGUUCAUGCUCAUGUUACACCAUACCAAGUGUUUGACACAAUGAGGUCAUGGAUUGGGAGAGAGCAUGAGAAAUUUGUACAGAUACUUGAAGAAUUUGGUGUGGAAAUAAAUGAUCAGCUGCAUUUUGCUGAUGACGUUCCCUCCUUAGAUAACCAUUUCAGAGUUCAUGAAGUAUUUUGAGACUGUAUGUAUCUCAAGUAUAUUAAUUGUAAAAGCGCUUUUAACACUGUAAAUGUCAUCUAAAUUUACAACUUUGAGCAGAUGCUUUCUGAAGAGAAUACUAAAUCAGUCCUUCAUUGCUAAUAGAUACUAUAUAUAAAUUUCAGUAGCUUAAAAAGGAGGAUUGGGACUGCAUACCUACAACAGGUGUUGUCAUUUGAUUCCUGGAAAAAAUUGUUGUGAAGAACGAUCCUAUUCAUGUUUUUUGUUAAAUGUGGACAUUUAUUCUCAAACUGUUGACAAAAUGUCUAAUGUCAUAUACUGCCUUUAAUGGGUGUUUAAAAGUACUCAAGACUUUCAAAUGCCUGGAUACUUCAGUUCAGUAGCUUCCAGGGCUAAAUGCUUUGAUCUUUGUCCGUAACAGACAUAAGGAUUUUUUUUUUACUUAAGGAAAAUGAUGAUUGUUAGAACAAUCUUAGUUAUGUAUUUUGGUGAAAACUGGUUUAGUUAGUUAAUUUAAUCUUCCAGUUGUGUAACAUUUCUACUAAUUGAAACAAAGUCACAAAUAUUUACCUUUGGAAUAUUAGUGCCAAUCUAUUUUUCCUCCUAUGUGCACCUUGACUUUUCUGUUGCUAUAAAGUUUCAUUAGUUCAGGGUGUAGUAUCUGCUAGUGAAUAGCCAUUUCACCUGGGGGCUUGAAAAUUUUGUCGUAGCUAUGUUAAGUGACCAAGAAUAAUGAGGAUGGUGUAGCUUAUUGCUGUUUCAGCAUAGCUUGCUAUUGCUUUGAUUAACUUCUAUAAGGACCAGCAGCAAUAUCUGUAUUUUCAAGUCAAGAGAUGUCUUUAUCCCUGCCUUGGACUGGUGAGGUCAAAAUGCUUCAGUUUUUAAAACUAUUAUCGUCUUUAAAUGUAUCACAGUAGUUGCUUCUACAGCCAACCAAAAAUCUAUUUUCAGAGCCUAAUUUUUCAUACUGAACCCCUGCCCUAUUAAAUACAAAUCUGGGCAAAUCAGAUGAUACAAAAGAUGUAGUCUAGUUCAGGCCCCAAACCUGAACGUUCGUCAGAGUUACCGAAAGACAGAAAAUGAGGGUAUUAGUGGAACUUUUCUACUGUUGUAAGUAACUUUCCAUUUAUCUACAAAUGAAUCUUGGUAUCAUUCUUAAAGACAACUGCAGCGAUUAACAGUGAACCAGUAGCUUAAAAUGGGUUUGGAUUUCCUGGAAGGAUUGAAAUACAAAAGGAAGUUGGCAAAAAUACUGUUAAGAUUACACAAACAGAUGUGGCUCAGCUAUGAAAAAAGGCAUUUUAUUUGUAUUUUGAUGGCUUAGCAACAUCUUUCCCCUGCUUGCUUUCCAUGACUCUUACACUCUGGAAGGAAAGUCCGGGGUCAUCUUCUGCUGGCAUCAUUAAAACUUAAAAGGUUCACUGGAGACAGCAUUUUCACAACUCUUGCAGAGCUGGCGCACGUGUUAGUGAUCGCUGAAGAAUGAGAAAAGUGUUUUGAACUCUUCAGAAAAUUUUCUGAAUACUCAAAAUAUUAAGGGUAGUAGAAAGGAUUGACCAAAGAGGGAAAUAAUCUAUUUUAGUCGAUGGAGGAAAAGUACAACACACAAACCAACUCUAACAUUUUAUAAAAAAUCUGAAUUCUAGUUCCAUCUACUUUUUUGGAAAGCAUUUUCUUGAAGACUUUAUUCAACCCUAUUUAUCAAUUACCUUCUUAAUGGAUUUAUAACAUGUUUAUAUGUUCCAAGGAAGGCUAUUUCCCUUUUUUGUCCUUUCGAUAACACUUGCAUGAUAUGCCACGACUUUUUUCUGUAAAGGAAAUGUGGGUCACGUAGCAAAGUGAUUUUAAUAGAAAGCCUACAAAUUGCUUGAAACAUCUUUAACUAUCGACUUAGAAGAUAAAAUUUAAACAAAUAAACAAAAAACCCGAACCACACCACUGAUCUUACUUUCUCAGUCUCAGACUUAACCAGGCUAACUUGUGAAUGCUAAAACUUGCUCUAUCCAAUAACAGUGCAGAUCACAGACCAAUUUCUAAACAAUUCUAUGCCAGCCAAAACAGCAGGAGUAGGUUGUUGCAAGCUUUUGGAAACAGCUUAUUAAAAUAUUGACAUUGUCUUCAGAAGUUUCUGGAUGGCUGUCCUACGAAAAUAUUAACCUGUUUGAUGGAGGCUGCUUACAAUAACUGUUAAAUAAAAUAGGCUUGAGUGUUGCUUUAUUAAUUUGAAGAAUAAGCACUUUGUUGUAAAGCUAAUCUUGUUGUGAGACCUCAUGUUGUGGGAGGGAAAACUGACUGGUUGUUUUUCAUUCUCUAAACAGUUGUAGUACUCUGUUGGAAUGUGCCUCUGUCAUUCACUACAGUGCAUGCUAAAAAUAAAUUUUGCAAACAAUGUAGAAAAUAAACUAUUUCUAAUGGGUGAAACC